AUGGCGGUGGAUACGUCAAACGCACAUCUCUCCAGGCAAAACGGAAUUCCACAGGUUCCAAGACGCUCGGGCACCUCUAAGACCGACACAAUGCUCGCAGUAUCCGACACCAUUGUCUCGACGCUGAAAAAUGUCGGAACAUUGAGCGGGUUACCUUUUAUCCAAGAGGCCGCCUCGGUGGCUCUUACAAUCCUUGAGAUAAUUCAGAAUGUUCGGCAGAACAAGGACGAGUUUCGUCGAUUAGCGAAUGAUGCGUGUGAGAUAACGUACGCGGCGGCUCUCAUGUGCAAUGAAUACGAGAAAAGGCGUCAACCAAUUUCGGAAACGACGAAGAAAGAUUUGGAAGAGCUCGUGAGGAAAUUGAAGACUAUUGAACAAUACGCCAACGAGAGCAUCCAACGCAAAUGGUAUUGGAAGUUGGCACGUAACAAAUCUGACCAGGGCACGAUCGCUGCGUAUCGUCAGGACCUCAAUAGUUCAGUUUCCCUCUUCGGGUUCCAAUCCCAUCUGACCAUCCGCGAGGCAGUUGCAAAACUCGAACAGCAAAGUGAAAAAAUCGCACAACAACAAAUCAAAAUUUUACAAGAAUUGAAGGAUCAAGAGGUCCGAAGAUCCGAAGAGGCGAGGGCCACAACUUUGUUGGGCAAAGAAGAAGCACCAAAGGCGAGGCAGGGAGUGACUCCAGGUUCUGGAAGCCGAUCUGUCUCGCCCCUCUCAAUCAAUCAGAACGUUUGGGGUCUCCGUCAUACCGACUUCGUUGAAUCCCCGACUUCUCAAAUCUCUUUUAACUCAAUCGCAGGGAAUAAGACGAAAACGAAUAAUUCUACGACGAUUACGAAUAACAAUUCUGGGAAUACCCGCAUCACGACGAUCUCGGAUUCGAAUAAUGACAAUUCGGUCCGACAUUAUGGGAAUCACCGCCGUGGGUCAAGGAGGUAA